GUACUUCUAUUGGGUAAAGCUGUAGCGUCUGCCUUAUCAGGGUCGUUAGCAAUUAUAUCGUCUUUAUUAGAUAGUUGUGUUGAUUUGGCUUCCGGUGGAAUAAUGUGGUUUACUGCUCGUCAAAUGCGUAAAAAGAAGCCAUACAAAUACCCAGAAG